GUCACGUUUCUGAACAAUUGGAUGUUGCUGUCUUUUGUUGCCAGCAAGCACUGACAUAUUUCAUCCUCGUUUACUGAUGCAAAAUUAUUAAGCUAAAAGUUUUGUAUAAUAUGAAAGUUUGACGAUAGAUACUGUCACUGUUUUGAUUCGGUCAAAUCAGUUCACCAAAGUAUGGCGCACUAAUGUGCAAAACUCGACUCCUCUGAUUGGAUUGGGACUGCAAUUGUCGAACUUUCAUGUGGAUGUAGGAAUCGCAUGUGACCUAGGUCUUUGUCUUCUCUCAGACACCAUGGCAGAAGAGGAUGCUUACCUGGCUCACCCACAGUACUUUGACAUAGAGCCACUAUGGGAUCCUCUGAAUUUCCCUCCCAUGUCACUCACCAACUCACUCCGGACAGCAGAUGGACCUUACCUCCAAAUCAUUGAACAGCCUAAACAGCGGGGCUUCAGGUUCCGUUAUGGCUGUGAGGGGCCCUCUCACGGCGGGCUCCCAGGGGCCUCCAGCGAGAAGAACAGGAAGUCCUAUCCCCAGGUCAAGAUCUGUAACUACCAGGGGUUGGCACGUGUGGUGGUACAGCUGGUGACCAACUCUAAAGAUGCCCAUCUCCAUGCCCACAGUCUGGUGGGCAAGCAGUGUGACAAGGGCAUCUGCAUCGCAGACCUACAGCCCAAAGACUCCAGCAUCAGUUUCCCCAACCUGGGCAUCCUCCACGUGACCAAGAAGAAUGUGAGUAAGACCCUGGAGGACCGCAUGACUGAGGCCUACAGGAUGGGCUACAACUGUGGCAUUGUCAUCCACUCCGACAUAGAUUCCUUCCAGGGAGAGGUCCGCAUCCCCCGGGAGCUCACUGAUCACCAGAGAAACAUGAUCUGCAGCGCAGCGCACCAGCAGGCUAAAGAGAUGGACCUAAGCGUGGUGCGCCUCAUGUUCACAGCCUUCCUCCCAGAUAGUGACGGGGGCUUCUCCCGUAGACUGGACCCCGUCAUAUCAGACCCCAUUUUCGACAGCAAAGCUCCUAAUGCAUCCAACCUGAAGAUAGUGCGGAUGGACCGCACAGCUGGCUGUGUGACAGGAGGAGAGGAGGUCUACCUGCUCUGUGACAAGGUCCAGAAAGAUGACAUCCAGGUGCGCUUCUAUGAGGAUGAUGAGACAGGGCUGACAUGGGAGGCCUUUGGGGACUUCUCCCCCACUGAUGUACAUCGACAGUUUGCCAUUGUUUUCAAGACCCCCAAAUACAGAGACCUGAACCUCCAGAAGCCCACCUCAGUGUUUGUGCAGCUGAAGCGUAAAUCGGACAACGAGACGAGCGAGCCCAAGCCCUUCACCUACCACCCACAGAUCAUAGAUAAGGAAGAGGUGCAGAGGAAGAGACAGAAGACCCUGCCUAACUUCCAGGACUACAGCGGCCAAGGUGGAGCAGGGGGCAUGUACCGGGGACCAGGGGGAGGAGGCUCCGCUACGGGGGGAGGACCCGGCUCUGGGGGAGGAGGUUACUUCCAGGGCUAUUCCACCUACAAUAACUACGGCACUGGCUAUAGCGCUGGCUUUUCCCCUGGCAUGAGUGGUGGCGGAGCGGGUAUUAAACAUGCUCCACAGGGCAGAGCGGAGGACAGCGAUGAUGACAGCGACGUGGACGAUGACCCGUCCUCAGGGGCAGUGGUGGCGGUCCAAGCCCAGUCGGAGGAUGCCUCUGCUGGGGAGACAAGUGAGGAGAGAGGGGCUGGUGUGGAGCUAGGACCAGGGGACAGGACUGGAGAAUGCGUGCUGGAGGCCAAGCUGGUGGAUGUGGCUGAGAGGCAAGCUGAAGCCCUCUUCCAGUACGCCGUCACUGGAGACGUCCGCUACCUGCUGGCUCCACAGCGCCACCUCAUGACGGCUCAGGAUGAGAACGGUGACACUGGUCUCCAUUUGGGCGUGAUCCACAGCCAGACAGACGCAGUCAGGAGUCUAGCCCAGGUCCUCUCUGUCCUGCCUGGAGAGGAGGUCCUCAACAUGAGGAAUGACCUCUAUCAGACUCCUUUGCACCUAGCAGUGAUAACCCAGCAGAAGGUGGCGGCCGAGGCCCUCCUAUUGGCUGGGGCUGAUGUCACUCUGUCUGAUCGCCACGGAAACACAGCUCUACACCUGGCCACUCAGCAGAAGGAGGGAGGGAUGGUGGAAUGUCUACUAAGACACAGAGAGGUGGUGGAACUAGUGGACCUCCCCAACGCAGCAGGAUUUUGCUCCCUCCACCUGGCUGUGCUGGCCAACAACCUGUGUUCCCUCAGGGACCUCCUGGUGAGCGGGGGCAGUGUGGAGGUCCAGGAGAGGAGCUGCGGCCGCACGGCGCUCCACUUGGCCACUGAGCUGGACAAUGUCUCCCUGGCAGGCUGCCUGCUACUGGAGGGGAAUGCUGAUGUGGACUGCUGCACCUACAACGGCUCCAGCCCUCUCCACAUAGCAGCAGGGCGGGGCUCUGUCAAACUGACCGCUCUCCUCAUGGCUGCAGGUGCCAAUCCUCACAAAGAAAACUUUGAGCCCCUGUUCUUCAGAGAGGAUGACUGCUGUGUGGAUGAGGAAGAGGAGGAGGAGCAGGACGAAGGCUACAUCCCAGGGAUGACUCCUCUUAACAUGGCUGCCACUCCUGAGGUAUUGGAAAUUCUGAAUGGCAAAGAGUACAAGCCAGAGACCACCAUCCCAGUCUUCAUCCCCCCUCAAGGCGACAUGCAGAGCCUGGGCUCAGACACAAAGCAGGCACUAUGCCAGGCCCUUGAGUGCCAGGGGGGGAGCUGGGAGAGUCUGGCGCACACGCUGGGGCUGGGCAUCCUCAACAGCGCCUUCAGACUCAGCCCCUCCCCCGCCAGCACGCUGCUGGACAGCUAUGAGGUAUCCGGGGGAAGGGUCAAGGACCUUUUGGAGGGACUCAGGACAGUGGGAAACUGCACCGCUUUGACAGUACUGCAGGGGGCACUGUGUGAAACAGAGCAGGCUCCCCAAAGCACCACAGAGCUCUUAGGACGUGUGCAGGAUCUAAAGCUGGAUGGACGGGAGGACAGCGGUGUGUGUGACAGUGGGGUGGAGCUCUCCACAGUGUGACUGCCAGAUUGGUUAAUCACACAUCAUGGCCCUGACCUUGUCAGGAUUUCAUGAGGCUUCUGCUUCCUAUAAGCAAGCUACAGACAUUUUCUCUCUGAAAGGGACAAUCCAGCAAGCACGUCUCCUCACACAUCAUGCUGAAUAUCUUAACUUUUUAUAUGGCCCAGUAAUGUUUUGAUAGUGGUUUUGUAUACGUAAACAUAAUAUGCAUGUUAUGUUUGCAUAAUGACAUUUCAGGAAACCUGAAUGUAAUCUAUUUGAAUCUUGUUUGUAUUAACAUCAUGAAUGUGUUUUAUUCAGGGGAAAACUCAGAGGUAACGGCAUGGUAUAAAUGUGGAAAAAAAAGUAUUUUUUAAAUAAUUUGUAAUUUAUGAGAUCAUUAGUUCAAAAAUUAUAUGAUCAGAAUUGUUCUUCCCACACUACAGUUAAUUUGGAGCAGAGCGGUCAAAAAUUCAGCCGAUUCAAAUAACCAAUUUUGAGUGUGGCACUCUGGACCUUGGCAAAGCCUGAGAAAAAUAAGUUAAACACCCCCAUGAUUUAUAAGGCAUAGACCCCAUACUGCAGGGCUGCCCAACCCUCUUCCUAGAGAUCUACUGUCCUGUAGGUUUUCAGUCCAACCCUAAUUUAGCGUA